AUUUAUAUAUAUAUAUAUAUAUAUAUAUAUAUAUUUGGUGAAACUGAGUGACACACAAGUUCGGUGAAAAGUUAGCGUGGAUAAUGGCUUCUAUGCUUCUUGGCUCUUUCUCUUUGGCUUCUUCCCUUACCGCUGGUUCUUACGUAACAAAAGCUUCAUGGUAUAAAACCAAGAAAAUCCAGAAUGAAUAUCUCAUCAUAAGGCAUCAGCAACAACAUAACUUGAAGCAUCAUUAUAGAUGCAUAGAGGCAGCAUCCACAAGUAAAGAACGUGGUAGAAGUUAUUCUGUGACUGCAGCCUCUGGAGAAUCAUUUGAAUAUGAACAUCAAGAUCCUAGACCAAAAAGCCUUCUGGUCUCUACAAAAGAUUCCUUAAAUACUUUUUUCAGGUUUACAAGGCCAGUGGGAAUGAUUGCCACAGCAAUAAACAUAAUUUCUGGGUCUCUCCUUGCAGUGGAGAAUUUAUCUGAUAUUUCUCCCACAUUUUUUAUUGGCUUGUUGAAGGCUAUGGCAGUUAUCUUGCCCAUGCACAUAUACAAUGUAGGCCUGAAUACUUUAACCGACUUUGAAAUAGAUAAGAUAAACAAGCCAAAUCUUCCAAUGGCAUCAGGGGAGUAUUCCCUUGGAACUGUUACCAUUAUUGUUGCAUCAAGUCUUAUUUUGAGUUUUGGGCUUGGAUGGAUUGUAGGUUCACUGCCAUUACUUUGGGUUAUUUCCUUCAAUUUUAUUUUUUCAUCUGCUUAUUCAAUGAAAUUGCCUUUGUUGAGAUGGAAGAGAUCUUCAGUGCUUACAGCCAUUAACUAUAUAGUUGAUCGAGGAAUAAUGUUUAAUCUUGGAUUAUUUCUUCACAUGAAGACCUAUGUGUUCAAGAGGUCAACUAUGUAUCCAAGAUCCUUGAUUUUUGCUAUAGUAUUCAUGAGCAUAUUCGGUAUAGUUAUAGCAUUGUUCAAGGAUAUACCUGACAUUGAAGGUGAUGAAAAAUUUGGCAUUCGAACUUUGGCAGUUUGCUUAGGUCCAAAGUGGGUAUUCUGGUUUUGUAUUUCACUCCUUGAAAUGGCUUAUGGAGCUGCCAUACUUUUUGUGGGAGCAACAUCUUCUUUCCUUUGGAGCAAAUUGAUAACGGGUUUGGGACAUGCUUUUCUAGCAUCAAUCUUAUGGUAUCAUGCCAAGUCUGUAGAUGUCAAAAGCAAAGAAGAAACAUUUUCCUUCUAUAUACUUAUUUGGAAGAUGCUUAUGGCGGAGUGCUUCAUCUUACCCUUUGUUAGAUAAGUAUGCAGUGACUUUUUAUCCUUAAGAAAUGGUGCUCCCUUGUCAAUUCUAGACUAUUAUUUUAAAAUUGAAAGUCCUAAGUCAUUAUUAAAAAAAUUAUCAUAUGGUGAUACACAUUUUAUAGUGACAUAAUAUAUGUUACUAAAAAUUACUUUUAUCUACAUAAUGAAUACCAUAUAUGUUAGUAUUUGUUAAAAAGUAAAUAUGGAUUAUAGUAACACACAAAAUAUGUUAAAUUUUAUUUAAUUAAUACUAAAAUUAUGCACAAUUAUAUGUCAAAUAAAUAUAUACUUAUAUAUAUUGUACUUAUAGUGACACUUUUAUUUGUACCUAUAAUAACAUUUCUUUGUAGUGAGUAAGCAAUUAUGU